AAAGGGUACAACCGCAAUCUAUUACUUCGCCGCGCGGAAUGCGAGUGUGUGACUAAUUCCUGAAGUCUGCCGCUCCUUUCCUAACCCGCGUCGCUAAUUCUCGUCGCGAACUUCUCGCCGGAGGAGCAGAGGAGCUCGCCAGAGAAGGCCAUGGGGCCACCGCAGCCAGCCAAGGGCAUCAUCAGCAUCGAGGCCUGCGCGCGGCCGAUCGCCGUCGACCACCGCAUCAGCCUCCCCUACUACUUCCGCAUCGCGGGCACCCUCCUCCGCCAGGCCAAGAUAUAUCGAGAUGAGAAGAACAUCCUCGACCUGUAUGUCAUCCUCCUGAGAUAUACGAGCUUGCUGUGUGAGACCAUCCCCAAGCACCGUGACUACCCCGUAUUCAAGUUGAGGGAAGCAGAGUUCGUCAGAAACGCCAACUCCUCUACACUCAUUGAUGUUGUCAAUGAGCUUGAGUCUCUGAAGCUAGUUGUGAAGCGGCAGCUCGUUGAGCAUAACAGAAGGGGUAGCCCGGAAGCUAAUGGUCUGAAUGGAACCCCUGCUGCAAGUUUAAGGACGGAGAAGCAUCCUCGAACCACAUAUUCCACACAGCCAUUUGUAGGUUCAUUGCAAAAAUUCUACCCAGAUGGGAGGCAUCACGUGGCAUCAUGGACAAGUAUCCAAACUGAUAGGCAGAUCCGCAAACAAUUUGUAAAUCUGCCUUUUCCAAAAGAAGAGACACUGGCUAGACAUUCAAUAUUAGGGCCUAAUGGGCUUCAUGGACAAUGGAAUGGACCUGUUGCUGCAGUCAAGGUCCAAUAUCCAUGCAAUCUUGAAUUUACACAAAGUGAUAUGACAAGUCUAGUGCCGGCUAUGUUGAACCAAGAUGGUCUGCAUGGUCCCAGUACCACACAUCCCGAUAGCACUACAAAAGACAACGAUGAUAUGCAAUCUGUUCUAUCUCUUGAUGAUGGUCGAUGGUCUGCACCAGCAGAAGAAUGCACCUCUACGCCUUCUGCUAGUCUGGAGGGAGAAUUGUCCCAGUUGAAUAUCAGACAGCCUUCACCCCCGCCAAUCCUGGCAGAAGUACAUCCUGAUCGCGCACCCCCAAUUUCUCCAUCAAGAGUUGCUGAUCCAACACAAGGACUUGCUAUAUCAGAAACCGGUCGUUAUCAUAACUUGCAUGUUCCGGUGAAGUUGAUGGAGUGUUUUCUAAGGGUUGCUGAGGCGAACACUAAAAGAAGUUUAGAAACUUGUGGGGUUCUUGCUGGUACCCUGAAAAAGAGAACUUUUCAUAUUACAACCUUAAUAAUUCCAAAGCAGAAAUCUACAUCUGAUUCGUGUGAAGCUACAAAUGAAGAAGAACUAUUUGAAGUUCAGGACAAGGGCUCACUAUUCACCCUUGGUUGGAUUCAUACACAUCCAACGCAGUCCUGUUUCCUGUCCUCUAUUGACCUCCACAAUCAUUAUUCGUACCAGGUCAUGCUACCUGAGGCAAUUGCAAUAGUUAUGGCACCUACUGACACAAGAAAAGUUUCAGGUUUUCGAGCAUCACAAUCGCCUCUACCCCCCCUUAGAAAUCCCCGAACAAUCUUUGGGUGGAGUAUCCCCGUUGCUGGCCCUGACCAUGAUGUAAGCCACUUCAGCAUCUUCUGUUGUGCACAUGUGUGGAGAAUUGAAGCUUCCCAAUUGUUUUACUUUUCUAUUUGUCCAUGUUGGCAACUUCCACUGCCAGCACAUCUCCAUUUCAGGAUUUCAGGCUAGGUCAGUAAGGAGCAAGUGGUGAUUUAGAAGAUUUAUGCAGAUGGAGAAAACUGUUGGGAGCGCUCAAUGUAAAUUAAUUUUUUAAGGGAAGUGGGAAAUCCAGUAUAAUUCUCUCUUCACGUUCAUAAAAAUGUGCAUCCUUCGCUCUUAUCUCCAUCUGAAAUCUUAUUAUCCAUAAUUAUACGAAUGCUUUAGCCUAUAUAUUUGCUCUGUUUACCGAACCCAAAUCGAUAGACUUUUGCUUGACUGCUUGCUAUCUUAUUGAGGAUUAUUUCUCUAUGUUGUGCUAUCCUUUUGUCUCCCUGAUCUUGAUAAUAUGAUAUAUGAUCU